ACAGACGUCGAGACAACCUCCCGGAGGUUGGCCGAAGUUUAGCAAAGUUGAUUUUCUUCCCUAAUUCAGCGUUAUUUUAUAAGCCGCAGUUUUGGCUAAUGUGUAACUCGUCACUGGAUUUGAUAAUUACGCAAUAAUUGUAACUUGUGCGCAAUCGGUGCUAGCCUAUUUGUAAAGAAAAAAAUAUUCCGAACCGCAGAAAGCGAGAUGGCGGUACCCAUGGCCGGUGUAGUUGUCCCCAGAAACUUUCGUUUACUGGAAGAACUGGAACAGGGCCAAAAAGGCGUAGGAGAUGGCACGAUAAGCUGGGGCUUAGAAAGUGACGAUGAUAUGACCCUCACGCAUUGGACUGGUAUGAUCAUCGGACCACCCAGAGGGACUCCUUAUGAAAAUAGGAUGUACAGUUUGAAAAUUGAUUGUGGUAUAAAUUACCCAGACGAUGCCCCUAGCGUAAGAUUUCUGAGCAGAAUUAACAUGAACUGCAUCAAUAGUACUACUGGAGCGGUGGAUAAUCGUAGUGUGCCCGUAUUGGCCAAAUGGCAACGGGAGUAUACGAUCAAAACUGUUCUCCAGGAGCUCCGUCGCCUGAUGACCCUCAAGGAAAACAUGAAACUCUCUCAGCCGCCCGAGGGCAGCACCUUUUAGCCUAACCGUGUAAACCUCUUUCUUCCCAGCGCGGAAGAAAAACCUUACUAAGGUACCAAAAUAAUAUUGCACUGGUGCCCGGAGACGAUGUACGUUAAGGGAAUACUCACUUUUACGAGUAGCGAGUAACAAAAAACAUAAAAAAGAAAAAAAAGGUGGACACUGCUGCUUCUUGCAAGGUUCUUAUUUUGCGGAAAUAUUUUUCCAAUGAACCCUGCUGGUUGUAUUAUUUCGUAGUUUCGCUUAAGUCCUUAUCAGAUAUUUCGUGCAAGUUUUUUUCUUUUUUUUUUCUUAUAAUAGCAAACGAGAGCGAAUUUAUCGGUAUAAAAGCAAGAAGUCGUAUUUUAAAACUGGAUGAACUGAAAAACGCGAACUGUAAUAAAAUGGAAUAAUCAGUAUGAACGAUUUUUGCCUUGACAUGUCUUUUUUUUUGUUUGUUUUCAACUGGAACUUUUGUCUCCUGUAUUGUCUGCCAUUUAAUUCCAACUAUUUUUCGUCGAAUUUUCAAGAUGAAUUUCUAUUCUUAGACUUGUUUCGUCGCCUUGGGGGUCGUAGAGAAUGAAUUUGCUUUCACGAGUGUACAAAGCACAAUCUGUUAAUCGUUGGUUGAAACCACGUCCAAGAAAGGCCUUUUGUCGAACGCGAAUUGAGCGUUUCAAUUUUUGGAUGAUAAAGUUUUUGAACCCUUUUUGCAAAAAGUCUCUCACAAUAUAGAAAAAUAGUGCUCAAGUUAUCGAGAAAUUGAAAUGAACUGGCAAUUUUUCGCAGUUCAUAUUCAUAUAUUAAUAGAGUUUUUGCGACCAACGGCACAUCAAUACCGAAGCAUUUCCGGUAGAUAGUCUGAUGAUAAUCAGAUAAGAUCGAGUGCUUUUUCAUUCCAUUUGUCCGUUUCAGUAGGCUUGAUCACCAUUUAGUUUCAUUUCGAGAAUAUAGGUAAGGUAGUCGAAUUAUUAUUAAUUUUUUUUUUUUCAUUUCUUGAUGCUUCAUGGUUGACGUAUCGAUGGCAAUAGAUUUAUAGCGAGGUAACUCAAGAGUACACACGUAGAUUUGUAAACGUUGUAUGCGAUUGUUACCUGUACACGUCGAGUUACGCUUUAGUAACCCGACCCAAGAAUGAAUUAUGCAAGUUCACAUUUUGCCGAUGGACGUUUCAUACAGUGCAAGGGCGGAGUUCCAAUUUUAUGUUACACACUUUAGCUAAAAGAAAAUUAUAAUCGAAUAAAUUAUUUAAAAC